AUGCAUAAUACCAGCGUACAUCUUACGCAAAAACCUGUUCCGUGGACCCCACAGUCCCCUCCUCUAUAUAAAUACACCACCAAGGAACCCUUGAACCUCACACACACAGUUACACUUCUAUACACAAUUCGAGCUUUCUGUGAAUUAUUAUCCUAUUCUAUGGCGCAACUUAGCAUUGUGAUGGCCUCCUUGCUAGCAUACGCCCUUGUGGCUCUCUCCGUCGCCGCUACCACUGUCUCUGCUCAGGCACCGGCGCCUUCACCAGAUAAAGGAGAUGCAUUCUCUUUGCCAGUCUCCAGCGCCUUCAUCGCGACCUCUCUUCUCUUCUCCGUUUUCGCACUCUGGAGGCACUGA